UCCAGCCAAAAGCCCCGAGCCCAACCAGUUGUUUCACUGAAUACGACUUCAAUAAGCUAAAUGAACGUCUAUCUUACUACUCAAGUUCCCAAAUACAUAGACAAAUACAGUGCGACCACGACGUUUUAUUCAGGUUAUUUUUUUUAAUGUCAAUAUUAUGGGGUGCUGGAGAUUCUCGGCAGUGAAUAUUGUUCUUCUGUCUUUCUGUCUUCCUAUCCUCUCCUUCACACACAUCAAGACCAACCUGUGUAAGUGGUGUGACUACUCCAGCCCUAUCUGUGAGGACAGUGUGUGUUAUACCAACUGCUCCCUCUCCUCCUUCUGUGCUCUGAGUGAAGAGAUCUGCAUUGCAAUAUGGCGGAAGGACAAUGAGAGUAUGAGUGUGAAGACGUUAUGCCACCAGCCCCAGCAGCCACUGGAGAAUAUCAUGUUGUCAAACUACUCCUCCAACGAGUGUGUGAUGGCUCCUCAGCCCUCUGAGGAUGGGGUCCUGUUCGUUUGUGGCUGCCUGGGAGAACACGAGUGCAACGAUAAGCUUAUAUUCGACAAGGGCUACAAUGAUUUUUCCAAGCUCAAGAGUAAAGAUGUGAUUCCAGUGGUGGUGAUCAGCCUGGUCCCUCCCUUUUUAGUGGCUAUCAUCGCUACCAUGGCUUUCUACCUGUACCGUACCAGACAGCCCGGCAAGCAGCCCAAAGACUGGGCUCCCAAACGUACACACUACCAGGCCUUGGACAUCCCAGAGGGACUCAGUGGGGAGGCCAUCACCGGCGGUGAGGACUGCCAUGGCAAGCUGUCAGCCAUCAAUAGCGACGCUACAUCUGACAUGUCUCCCGUCCGGACCCAUAACUUCAACCACAGCACGGAGCAGCUACCCAUCCAGCUAGAAGCCUUGGUGGGGAAAGGGAGGUUUGCUGAGGUGUGGCGGGCCAGGCUCCACCACCAGGCAGCUGGUUCUCAGUAUGAGACGGUGGCAGUGAAGAUCUUCCCGUCUGUCGAGUAUGUGUCCUGGAGCAACGAGAGGGCCAUCUUCUCUGACGCCAACCUGGAGCAUGAAAAUGUGGUUCAAUUCUUGACAGCAGAGGAGCGAGGGCCCUCCGGCUCCCCUCAGAGGCAAUACUGGCUGGUCAUGGCCUACCACGGCCUGGGAAACCUACAGGACUUCCUGGCAGGCCAUGUGUUGAGCUGGGCUGAGCUGUGUGCUAUGGCUGGGUCGGUGGCUCGAGGAUUGGCCCACCUCCACAGUGACACCACCCCUUGUGGGAUCCCCAAGGUGCCGGUGGCCCACCGUGAUCUGAAGAGCAGCAACAUCGUGGUGAAGAGCCGGAGAGAGUGUGCCCUCUGUGACUUUGGUCUGGCUCUGAGACUGGACCUCUCCCUCACCGUGGAUGACUUUGCCAACAGUGGCCAGGUGGGUACAGCUCGCUACAUGGCCCCUGAGGUGUUGGAGUCCAGAGUGAAUCUGGAGGAUCUGGAGGCCUUUAAACAAAUGGAUGUCUACUCCAUGGCCCUGGUCCUCUGGGAAAUGGUGUCCCGCUGUGAAGUCAUAGGAGAGGUUAAGAGUUACGAGCCGCCGUUUGGCUCUAAGGUGUGUGACCAGCCGUGUGUGGACAGCAUGAGGGACCUGGUCCUGAGGGACAGAGGCAGACCUGAGAUACCCACCAGCUGGACAACACAUCAGGGGAUGAAUCUGCUGUGUGCCACCAUCACUGAGUGUUGGGACCAUGACCCAGAGGCCAGGCUCACAGCCCACUGUGUGGUGGAGCGCUUUGGAAGUCUAGAAGAGGAGAUGGAGCAGGAGGUGUUAGAUGCUGUCAACAACAGCCAGGAGUGUCCUCCCUCUGACACCUUCCCUGACUCCACCGGCUGUGAUGUGGACCCUCUGGUCCCUGAAACAGAUACAGAGGGGACCCUCAUCCCUGGGCAGAUAAGUGAGAUAUUAUAAGGAGGACUUAAACUCGAUCACCAAAAAGAGACACAUCUUUGUAUGAUAGAUUGAAGGCACUCUACCCUAUGAACAAAGAGGAAAAAAGACACAUUUUUCUAUGAUAGAUUGUAUCAUUUGAAGGAGCUGGUCUCCGGAUUGAUUUGUAAUAUAACCUUUAUGAAGUGUCUUAUGAAUGCACUUAUGAACGUUUGCCACUGAAGAGAUAUUCUUUCUGCCCCUUGGAAAGUUGUGUGUACAGGAUUCAGGGAACAGAGCAGACAAGCAGACCACAAAUCAUUAUCCCAACUUCACUAUCACACUGUAACAUGUCAAUUUGACCAAUAACUCAAAAAGCAGAUUAGUUUCCAAAUCUGAAGUAGAUACAUCCUGUAAUGAAUGAUCACAUGGAUCUGUUCUAAAUGCAGGUUGACGUUUAUUUUCAUGAGUCUUGUCCUGGAGGCAGAACUGAUCUAUUUCCGCUUAGAUAGGCCAGCUGCAAAGAAAAAAAUGGGCUAUUAUUGUAAAAAUUCAUGAAAACAAAAAUGUGAUUUUGGCAUUAAUUUUAGGUAAGGGUUAGGCAUAAGGGUUGGCAGUGUAGCAGUGUGGUUAAGGUUAGAUUUAAAAUCAGGUUUUAUGACUUUGUGGCUGUGCCAGCUAGUGACCACUCUGCAGAGCUGCCUCCAGAACAAGAUUCAUGACCGAAAAAUGCAAAUUGCAUUCAAAAUGGAACCCUAUUCCCUACAGAUUGCACUACUUUUGACCAGAUUCCUAUGGCUCUGCACUAUAUAGGGAAAUAGGAUGCCAUUUGGGACAAAUGUUUAUUAUUCACUACAGUAUAGAGAGCACUACGUUUUGACAACCUUCAUUGGUGUACCAGCUAUUUAAAUUGGUCCUUACUCCUAUAGGAGAUCAUUUACUUUACAAGAAUUAUUACUUAUGAUUAAUUAUCGUUUAUUUUUUAAAUGAGUUUUCCAUUGCCUUCUCAGUGUGUGGACUCAAACAGUGGUGUGGUUCUCACCCCCCCCUUAAUGUGUCCUAAAUGGCUCCCUAUGUCUUACAUACUGUGGUGCACUACUUGUAACCAGUUAGCGCAGAGCUGAGAGGUUAGCAUUUUUCUACAUUUACAUUUGACAUUUUAGUCAUUUAGCAGACACUCUUAUCCAGAGCAACUUACAGUAGAGUGCAUACAUUUUAUUACAUUUUACAUACUGAGACAAGGAUAUCCCUACCGGCCAAACCCUCCCUAACCCGGACGACGCUAUGCCAAUUGUUCGUCGCCCCAAAGACCUCCCGGUUGCAGCCGGCUGCGACAGAGCCUGGGCGCGAACCCGAAGACUCUGGUGGCGCAGCUAGCACUGCGAUGCAGUGCCCAAGACCACUCCGCCACCCGGGAGGGUUUCAUUCUGAUUAACCACAAGCUGCUCUGACUGCAAAUUGUGAAUGUUGUUAUAUAGGCUAGAGACCACAACACACAAGCUAGCAGGGUGAAAUACCUUUUUUAAGAUAAAUAAGAACCAAGGAGCUUUUAAUGAUCAUUUGAACUGAUAGCUGUACACAAGGAUUUUCUAAGGAUACUUUGAUCCGUUUGUAGCUGUUGCAUACAACUACAUUGAUUGUCAAGGCUUGUUUUUCCCCACCAUGUGAAGUACUUGCUGCCUUCAUCUGUUUACUAAGACACAUAGUUUAUUUGUUUAAUUCAAAUCUGAUGUCUGAGCAUUAUUAAGAGGAGGGCAUGAUCUAUCUUUAUAUACUAUACAUCAGAGAACUCACAGUAAGAGCGACUGCUCUCCCAGACAGCCUGGUAUGACACUCAGAUCUACACCAAUUCAGUCAUUCACCGACUCUCUUGCUUCCAACGUAAUGUUAAAAUAUUUAAUCACACUAACCGAGCGGACUAAAAUAAUUAACAGGAGUUGGUGUAGAUUUGAUUAAGCCAUUAAGAAGAUCAAUAGCUUUUUCUCAUAGAACCCAAUCAAUGUCUGGGAAAUAAGCGCUGUCUAAUUGUGAGAGGCAUGACAGUGACAUCCUCUUUGAAUCAUGAGCUGGGUCGUGUUAGAUUGGCACAAAUGGAAGAAAACAAGGUGAAAUGUAAAAGUACUCCCUUAGCCUUUCUUAUUGGACAAGUCUAUUUUUUGAUUUCCGUUGCAACGGUGUGCCCUAAUGAACACAACCAAGGUUAACACUCUUCCCUUGGGAAUGGUCAAGUUUGAGGAUGCACAGAGUAAGACCAUGGCCUUAACUAUAUGGAGAAAUAUCUAAGUAUGAUAUUAAUGAACUAUGCAGAAUACUAAAGAAUGAUGUUAUUGAACUUCUGAUGAAUGACCACAGAUAAAAACCAAAUUAUUGUGAACUGGUUCCACAACAUGUUACCUAUUUUUCUUGUAAAAUAGGUUUUGUAUCAGGUCUCUUAUUUUGUUACUAUUUGUGAGUGGGGGGAAAAAACACCACAAAACUGUCAUAAAAAGACACAUGAAAAAGAUCAAACAUUCCAAUGUCAAGCAGCUUUAUUGGUUUGUUGUUUCAGAACCCUUAUUUUGAGAGGUUGACAUUAUACAAUAUUUCAGUAAGGAGCACAGAUUUAGGCCUGGAUUCAAUCUGAUUACGCUUUGUCAGUAUGUGCCAUUUAAAGGUAAUUUCCGAUUGAGCCAACAUAUGCAGCAUUUACUGUGAAUGUGGUCUUCACAAAGGCGAGAACAAUGUCGACAAAGUGUGAUCGGAUUGAAUCCCGGCCCCAGAGCAGCAAUAUUAUACAGUAUUGUGUAUCAAGAACUAAUAAUGACAUGAACAGAUGUAUUGAAAGAAAAAACAUUCAAGUUUGUCAUAAUUUAUUCUGAUUGUUUUAAUAGUUUUGUUGAUUCAAGUGACAAAACAGCCCUUUUACUGAGAAAAACGAAACUACACCUAAAACUACAAGUAAAAUACACUGAGUGUAGAAACACAUCAUCUUUCCAUGACAGACUGACCAGGUGAAUCCAGGUGAAAGCUGUGAUCCCUUAUUGCAGGGAUGCAAACUGCUGAGGGCCCAAAAAGGUGACAUUUUUUUUGUUGCACUGAAACAUGCAACAAAAUCCCUUUUAAGGGGAAAUGCAGGUUAACUAAUUAAACACCAAAGAAUAUGAUCUACAUGAUCAGUCUCUGUGUGUAAAAUAAAAAGUGGUUAAUGUGAACCUAACUCACAGCUAAAAAAAAUGUAAAGAAAGCAAUCCAAUGUGAUUUGUUGCCAAGACUUCACUGCAAAUGACACUCAAGUCUUGAGAAAAAACAAUACACUAAUAUUGCAGUUAGUCAUGACAGCCUUUAUAAUAGAACGCUUGUGACCACACACAAAUAUUCACUUGGGGGAAAAACAUCUUAAAGUAGAAAUAGAAUGAAACAAACAGGCAUUCCAUUUUUGCUCUAGUGUAGUGGCCACUAUAGACAUCGACCAAGUGCACAAGGCUACAUGUGUGCAAAAAUAACGUUCACUGAGUCAAAAAUAUAUAUAAUCCCCCUCAUUCACACACAUACACGUUUUACAGUUCAACACAACAAAAACAAUAUAUUUAGGCUGCUACACUACACAUUAUUACAUUGUACACGUUCUGCCUUUGGACGUCUGUUCUACAAUGUGCCAGCAAAAGUGAGAAAGAGAAAGUGUGUGGUGUUCCUUUCACCUCUAUAGUGGCAUUCAGCUUAAACCAGACCCAGACCCAGCUCCAUUUGAUCCCUGAAUCCACUUGUUUAACAAGCAACGCCUAAUUUUCACCUAAUUCUCUUAUAAUGAAAAUGUACAACAUACUGUAAAAGGUAAACAUUAGUUAAUAAACAGAUGGUUAGUUCGUCACACAUAUUGCCAGGGUCCAGUAAGCAACUAACGCGUUAGAACUUGAGGAACGGCAAGGAGUCCCGUGUGGCUCAGUUGGUAGAGCAUGGCGCUUGCAACGCCAGGGUUGUGGGUUCAAUUCCCACGGGGGGACCAGGAUGAAUAUGUAUGGACAUUCCAAUUUGUAAGUCGCUCUGGAUAAGAGCGUCUGCUAAAUGGCUUAAAUGUAAAUGAGUCGUAUACUAGUUAACGUUCAUAGCGAAUUGGUUAGGUUACUCAUGUUAGGUCAUCUGAUGUUGUAACGUUAGCUAACGUCCGCUGUCUGACUUUAUUAAGAAGCCAAUUUUCACACCAUGAACUCGAUAAGUUGGCUAAUGUUGCUCAACAUUUAUCUGGCUAGCUGAGAAGUAACUCCAGCUAGCAAGAUACUUAACAAUGCUAAUACUUGUUCCAUCACACUUUCUCCCUCACCCCAAAAACGUUCAAAAUUACAGUAGUUCGGUUACAGCUCAUGAAGUACGCUUCAUCACCUUCUCACCCCCGUGGUCAGGCUUCUCACCUAACGUUACCUCUUCGUUCUCGUUCAGGGGACGCGCUGUUGUAACUGGCAAGCUGCUUUCCCAGAGCGCGCACUGAUGCUGUAACUAGUAAGUUGGUUGUCUCUUUCUUCAGUCGUGUCCUGCGCUGCAUUCUGUUAUGUGAACGAUUGGCUGAGCGUUGGAUACAGACAGUAUUGCGUCAAACGCGCAUCACUCGUUCGUAUAGAGCCAGAAGUCAUCCAAACCUCCCUCCCAACCUUUUCUCAUCGGAUCUACACGAAUCACGUAGGGCACCUAUUUUGGAUUCAAAACGUGACUAGUUUGGUGACUAGUUUGCAUCCCUGUUAAUGAUGUCACCUGUUAAAUCCACUGCAACCAGUGUAGAUGAAGGGGAGACAGGUUAAAGGAUUUUUUAAGCCUCGAGACAAUUGAGACAUGGACGUUGUCUGUGUGCCAUUCAAAGGGUGACUGGGCAAGACAAAAUAUUUAAGUGCUUUUGAACGGGGUAUGGUAGUAGGUGCCAGGCGCACCAGUUUGAGUGUGUCAAGAACUGCAACACUGCUGUUUUUUCACACCCAAAGAAUGGUACACCACCCAAUGGAAAUUCCAGAAAACUUGACAACUGUGGGAAGCCUCGGAGUCAACAUAGGAAGCUUUCGACACCGUGUAGUCCAUACAACGAACUGAGGCUGUUGAGGGCUAAAAAGGGUGCAACUCAAUAUUAGGAAGGUGUUCCUAAUGUUUUGUACACUCAUUGUUAACAGGAUUUUUUUUAAUAGCAAUUUUUAAUUGAUGUACAAUAGAAAACCCUAGAUUUCUGCAUAAAAAUAUCUUUGGUCUUUAAGCAAAUAUUUUAGGUACAGUUGAAGUCAGAAGUUUACAUACACUUAGGUUAGUCAUUAAAACUUGUUUUUCAAUCACUCCACAAAUUUCUUGUAAAAAAACUAUAGUUUUGGCAAGUUGGUUAGGACAUCUACUUUGUGCAUGACACAAGUAAUUUUUUUAACAAUUGUUUACAGACAGAUUAUUUCACUGUAUCACAAUUCCAGUGGGUAAGAAGUUUACUUACACUAAGUUGACUGUGCCUUUAAACAGCUUGGAAAAUUCCAGAAAAUCGUCUAGGCUUUAGAAGAUGAAAGGCUAAUUGACAUCAUUUGAGUCAAUUGGAGGUGUACCUGUGGAUGUAUUUCAAGGCCUACCUUCAAACUCAGUGCCGCUUUGCUUGACAUCAUGGGAAAAUAAAAUCAGCCAAGAUCUCAGAAAAUAAAUUGUAGACCUCCACAAGUCUGGUUCAUCCUUGUGAGCAAUUUCCAAAAGCCUGAAGGUACCACGUUCAUCUGUACAAACAAUAGCAUGCAAGUAUAAACACCAUGGGACCACCAUGGGCCGUCAUACCGCUCAGGAAGAAGACGCGUUCUGUCUCCUAGAGAUGAACAUACUUUGGUGCAAAAAGUGCAAAUCAAUCCCAGAACAAGAGCAAAGGACCUUGUGAAGAUGCUGGAGGAAACAGGUACAAAAGUAUCUAUAUCCACAGUAAAAUGAGUCCUAUAUCGACAUAACCUGAAAGGCCACCCAGCAAGAAAGAAGCCACUGCUGAAAAAAAACGCCCAAAAAAGGCAGACGGUUUGCAACUGCACAUGGUGACAAAUAUCGUACUUUUUGGAGAAAUGUCCUCUGUUCUGAUGAAAUAAAAAUAUAACUGUUUGGCCAUAGUUAUGUUUGGAGGAAAAAGGGGGAGGCUUGCAAGCCGAAGAAAACCAUCCCAACCGUGAAGCGCGGGGGUGGCAGCAUCAUGUUGUGGGGGUACUUUGCUGCAGGAGGGACUGGUGCAUUUCAUGAAAUAGAUUGCAUCAUGAGGGAGGAAAAUUAUGUGGAUAUUGAAGCAACAUCUCAAGACAUCAGUCAGGUAGUUAAAGCUUAGUCGCAAAUGAGUCUUCCAAAUGGACAAUGACCCCCAAGCAUACUUCCAAAGUUGUGGCAAAAUGGCUUAAGGACAACAAAGUCAAGGUAUUGGAGUGGCCAUCACAAAUCCCUGACCUCAAUCCUAUAGAAAAUUUGUGGGCAGAACAGAAAAAGUGUGUGCGAGCAAGGAGGCCUACAAACCUGACUCGGUUACACCAGCUCUGUCAGAACUUAUUGCGGGAAGCUUGUGGAAGGCUACCCGAAACGUUUGACCCAAGUUAAACAAUUUAAAGGCAAUGCUACCAAAUACUAAUUGAGUAAGUAAACUUCUGACCCACUGGGAAUGUGAUGAAAGAAACAAAAGCUGAAAUAAAUUAUUCUCUGUUAUUCUGACAUUUCACAUUCUUAAAAUAAAGUGGUGAUCCUAACUGAUCCAAGACAGGGAAUUUUUACAGGGAUAAAAUGUCAGGAAUUGUGAAAAACUGAGUUUAAAUGUAUUUGGCUAAGGUGUAUGUAAACUUCUGACUUCAACUGUAUAUGCAUGUUCUUUAUUUGUACUGUUUCAAAUAAACGUCACAUGUUUCUUCAUGUUGAGAAUAUGACAUUUACAAAUGUUAAUUUCCUUUUCAUAUUCACUCACAAUGACUAUCAGAAGAUUGCCACCAGUAAGCUGUAAGAAAAAGAAAACAUAACAUAAAAAAAAUCACAAAUGAAAGCACUGCCAUCCUUCACUUGUAGCCCUGGAAUGUAACUAAAAACCAAAAACCAAACAAGUCAUUCUAAUACAGACAAUUGCAUGGGUACAAAUUACAAAAAGGUUAAUAAACUUGUCUUUUACAUAAAAAAUAUUAAACUAUCCCCUUAAGCAGCAUUCUGGUACAGUAAUCUCAACAGAUACACCAACAAUCACACUCAGCCAUUUUAUGGUCUCAAUCCACCUCAUCAACACAUUACAGUUUUGUUCCUUCUCAUGAUGAAAUACAAAUGUUCCCAUAAUUGAUGUAGACCCUGUGGGCAACCAUACAGAAAAGUAAACAUCUAGAAGCAGCUGCAAAAUGACCCACAAUACAAAUACAACUGGAUCCAUAAUUAAACUUAAAAACAACACGUUUCUUAAGAUCUAGGCCUACUAUAUAGGAAAAUAAUUAAUAUAUAUUUAAACUAAUGGGCAAAAAUCAGUAGCUGCUCAUUUGUUUAUCACAGUUAUUGCAAUCACUUUUUCAUAUCUUCAGAAACAGCAGUAGCAUAAAAACCAUAAUGCUAUUAUUAACCUAACAAUAAAAUGUAAGGUUGCCAAAUUGUUUCAUACCAAGUGUAUAUGCUCAAUUAAUUACUCAAUAUUCAGUGGAGUGCUUAGAGAAGAGGGGCAAUUUGAAUGCCAUAUUUAUAAAAACCAUACCCUACACAAUGAAACUUACAAGAUUCAAGUUAAAUAGCCAAAUUAACUGAUGUUACUACACUAGAGGAACAUUACAAUUUGGUAAAAGCAUACCAUAUCAACUGAAAUUAGACAACCUUACAAAAUAACAAGUCACUCGAGUCAAAUAUGUCAACCCUACAUUACAGUGGGCUUAUACCAGAUUCCCUGGAAUACUAGAGGCAUAUAACCAUCAUAUAGUACUUGAUGCUUUUUAACCCUUUAACUUUAAAUUGAAUAUAUAGCUGUAAGUCCUACUGUAUAACUGUGUGUAAGUACUAUAUAAUUGCAUUACUAAAUAUAUGCCAUUAUAGGUACUAUGGAAUAAAGCUGAAAGAGUAUCUGAAACUGGGAAGUCCCUAUUCACUUCAGAAGGUGUACAAUAGGGCUGUUCACAAUUCAUUUUCCCAUAUGACAGACACAUAAUACGUACAGGGUGAAUUCCACAUAAUCUCUGGCUCGUCAUAGGGGAUUUAAAGGCAUCAAACAAACAAUUAUUAAUAUAAAAAGCCUUGUUCCCUCCCUCACCAGUAAAAUGUUAUUUAAAAACAUAUAUAUUAGUCCAUUAUUUAUGAAAAUCAUAAAAAAUAAAGUAUCAUGACUACAUAUCAAGUAUCAUGACUACUAGCCUGCCUAACUUUACUGCACUGUGAAAUAGUCUUAGUGCCAUUUUAAUUUCAGAUAUACCUUUAUUUUCACGCAUGCAUCUACAAAAUCAUCAAAAGCAUCUAAUAUCCCACCAAAAUGGAUAUUUUAAGGGCCUAACUAAGACAAUCAAACUUUUAGAGCACCUUCCGAGUUCGCCAGAUAUGGACCUUUCACCAGGAAACAAAUACACGCUAAUAACAAUCUGCUGUCAGAAUGUUAAAUACCGCAUUGUUACAUUGAUUGGCGUUGAAUCAUCUGACAACCUGCAAUAAAAUGCUAACUGAAAAUGUAUGUUUCAUGUGCAUUCUAAGAAUGUAACAAACCUUACAUGACAACACUAGGAAACUGAAUAUGCUACAGUCCCCUGAGGGGAAUAUAGUAUGUCUUAGUGUUAGGAUAGGAGGUCAUACAUAAAGUAGCACCGGCAGCUCACCGUGAUCAUCUAGCUACCCUUGGGGUAUGGCUUCUUCGGAUUUUGCUUACAGCUUACUGGUGCCUCGUUUGUUAGUUUAACAAAAAGAAAAGUGCAAUCAAUGGCUUUUUUCCCCCCUUUUCUGAAAGUAUCUAGCAAUUUCAUGAACGUCAUUCACAAUGGGCCACGGUCUUUCUUGUCUGUUUCAAAACUGCAACAUUAAAAGAAGUUCUAGGUUGUACAAAUGUGUCUAAACUGGACAGAUAAGGUAUUGUGGUAAGAUAUCCUUCUUUCAGGCAUUUAAACUUACAAUACAUAUGUAAAAUACAUAUUUUGCACUGAAUUUUGUUUUACGAAACAACAUUUGUUCAAAAGUAUAACAAAUUUCCCUGACUUUGAUGGGGUUAAUGUGAUUGAUUCCUAAACAACCUUCCUGACUUUUCCUUGAUUUUCCAAGGAUCAAAUCCUUUCCAACUGGACUGUGGAACCCUGGAAUGGGAUGCCUGAGGUUGUGGGAAGGCCAAGUAUGGUCGACUACAAAACGGGCUGCCAGAUUGUGUCCCAGAUGGCACCCUAUUCCCUACCUAGAGCACUUCUUUUGGCCAGGACCUAUGGCCAUAGACCCAUUUAAGGAAUAGGGUUCCAUUUGGGCCGCAGUCCCAGAGAGAGAAGCUUACAGUUAGUUAGUCAGCCAGCCAGUCAGUUAGUUCCACACACACAGGGAUGAAGUUGAACAGUAGAAGCCACAGAGUUACCACUAAGCUGGAGGAACUGGAGCAAGGGUCUGGAAGAGAGGCAAAACGCUUCCUUAGUACCAAGAGGUCUAUAUAAUGUACAUAGUUAUAUAAUGUGAGUGUGCGCCUAUGUGUGUGCAUGUAUGUGGAAAGGACAAGGUAGGAAAGACAGGCAGGGGAACUCACCAAUAGGAAUUCUCUUGGUGGUAUUGAGGGGCGGGAGCUGUUGUGGUAUAGGGCAGGCGCUACAGAAGUCUGAGCAGCCAGGACAGACGAGAACUCCAUUGUAUACCCAGUCUUUAACACGCACACUGACGCUCAGCAGCUGACCCGUACGCACACACUGGUACGCAGUGUCCUCCACCCACACCGUCAGACCCUGGGUAGAGCAAGAGAUCUGGAAACAUCAGCAAUAUAACAUUUAAGUAUUAGUUUUUUGUUGUAUGGGUCACUUCAAAAUGUAUAUAUCUGCCUGUCACACAUCUAUAAUAGGGUUACAUUAACCCAAAACACAAAAAUGUAAUUGAACUGAAUUUGUGAUUUUGUAAGCUCAUAUGAUAAAAGCGUGAGACUUAACGGUGGUAAACGUUAUUAAGAAGACUUGUAUUAAAUGGAUGAAGCGACAAAACAUAGAUUACAGAGAUAUCUAAAGAUUGUUACUUAUUCUGCAUUACCUUAUAGCAGCCACUUCCCCAGUCAGGGUAGGUCAUGCGUCUGGUACACUGCUCCAUGACGAAGGCAGUCUUCUGGUACAAACACACUGAGUCUGGACCAUACUGCUCAGCUCCGUAGUUCCUCCACCAAUCUGGAAACAGUGUGUCAGGUAGCAUACUAGUAACUAGGGUUGCAACAUUUUUGAAACUUUCCUGAAACAAAAUUCUCAGGUUUUCCAGAAAUCCUAGUUGGAAGAUUCCCAGGAUUGGGAUGGAAUAAGCAGAAAGUGAACAGGGAAUUCUCCAAAAGGGAUUUCUGGAAAACCUGGGAAAGUACCUGGGAAUUUUGCAAACCUUCAAGUGAGUUAACAGCCCGAGUACAUGAACCAAGGCCUGAGGAACCAAGAGGCAACAACAAUGCAAGAAGGGAAGGGAUAUUACCGGGCUGGUUCUCCUGGACCCUGCAGUAGGAGUUGCGUUGGUACUCUCCACUCAGGUGCCAGCUAAACUCCUGGCUGAAGGGACAGUAGUCAGCGAUCUCCACAGCUCCACCGUAGGAGGCCAGAUCCAUCACAGAGACUUCAGGGAUAUGGUCAAAGUACUGCCAGAGAGGAGGUGGAAGAGAUUUACUGUAUGGGGUGUACUUAACACUAUGCUGGUCACAAUUGGUCAACAACAUCUUAAAUAAAGACCAUUUCAAAUUUG